UAUUAAUGGCUAAAAAAGAUAAAAAAGGAGGAAAGGAUGAAGGAAAUGAACCGCCGGAAACAGACGUCCAGGAGGAGAUCCUGGUGGCCACCACAGACCUGGAGCCGGAACCGGAGGAGGUCCAGUUCACCGACACCUCUUAUACCAGCGCCUCAUUUGAAUCUAUUCCACCUGUCAUUGAAGAACCAAAGGCGAAGAAGAAAAAGGGUAAAAAAGGGAAAGCAGAGGUAGUGGAGGUGGCUAAAAAGACUAGCAGUGAAAUGAUGCAGUGGUCACAAGAGUCGCUACCUGCUGAGGAACAACAAAAGGUAGAAGAGGAACACGUUGAGAAAAAGAAAGGAAAAGGGAAGAAGGGGAAAAAAGAUAAAGAUAAGGAAGAUUUGCCGGACUUUGAAAAGCCAAAGAAUUGGAAAAAAAUGAAUAAAAAAGAACGUGAAGCGUGGAUGCUGCAGAGGAUAGAAGAAUGGCGAGCGGAGAAAGAAGCUGAAAAACAAGCAAUCCUGGCGGGAGCAAAGGAGAAACGCGCUGCUCUGGCCAGAGAGCGCGCUGAGAAGAUGGCGAAGGAUAACGCGGAAGAAGAAGUUAGAAGAGACAUACUGCAGAAGACUGUGAACUUGUUUCAGAAAUUCGAGAGGCAGAAAAUGAAUUUCGAAAACAAGAAACAAAUGGAAGCAGAGUGGCAACAAUACCUGCGCUGCGACGGUCUGCCCGACCCCCGGGUGGUGACACAGAUGAACACGUACCUGCAUCUGUGGCAGCAACAGAACUUCUGCGACAGUAAAGAGUUGGAGAAACGAUGCAUAGAAGUGCUACCGAUGCUAGAAAUGCUAGAAGAGUUUGUGGCAAAUUCGCGACAGUACACAGCGCUACAAGCACAAAGCUAUAAUGAGGUUCGACUGGCACUCAGAGAACAACUUUCCGAAGCCAUACAAGCGGCCUCAUACACUUUGCUAAGGGACCUAGAGAAGAACCUCAAAUUCGACUCAAUAAAAUUGGCUUCAUACGAACGCGAGUUCAAAGGUCUACGUCUGAACUUGUGGGUCGCCAUCAGAAUGCCCACUAGGAAACCUAAGCCAAUUGAACCUGAGCCUGAACCAGUAGAGCUGUCGUUCCCUGCCAUGCGAGUGGGCGUGAAGCUGCCAAAGAUCAUCGACGGGUCGUGCGUAUGCGUGCGCGCCGCCAGAUCCAUGAUAGACCUCAUCAGUGAGAGUUCCAGGUCCUUCGCGUUGGCAGCUGAGAUGCCAAACAGAUAUGUGGAUCUCUUCGUUUUCAACGUGAAGGAACACAUAGACACUUACAAACUGAAGAAGGAACAGGACGAGAUACGAAGUAAAUUCUACAAGGAGAUCAGGGAAAAAAUACGAGAAUUGGAAAAUUUUCUAAAGGCCAAUCCCUACACAAAGAACGAGAAGGAGAAAGAAGAUUUAGACAAUUACAACAUGGCGGAACCACCUUUUCUGCCAGAUCCGAGGACUUACUUCGCUGAACAAAAUGAGUUGGCUUUCAAAAAAUACCUGAAGACAUGCAUGACGAGAACGAGGCCUGGCGAAAUAAAUUUAAGGAAGUAUAGGAUUUGCGGCGGUGUGCUAAACCUGGAUCUCCUGACGACUCCCCCACAGCCUAAACGGAUGCAGGGAUCUGUCAUAGUGACUACCUUCCAGCUCCCCAAGACACUACAGCCGAUGAAAUACCAAGUGCAGUACCGCGCCCCGUCCCCUCCGCCGCCAGGGGUCACCCGCACACCAGAGGAGAUCGAACAAGAAAUAAAGAAGGUCGAAGCGCAGUAUGAAAAGCUGGCACUCGUGUUCAUAGACUUACCCCAAGACGUGAUGUGGUCGGAGCCGCCCAUAAUCUGCCAGUGGCAAGAGCAAAGGAAGCUGUGGACCAGCAACUACGUAAACGACUACAAGUUUAACGAGGACAAGCUGACGGUGCAGUUCAGGACGGGAGUGUUGUGGCCAAUUGGUAUUGCAACUCUAAGAUACAGCAACUUACCGUUCCAAGGCUGGGAUAUAAGACCAGAUCCGGAGAGCAAAGGUGUGAUCAUCACAGUGACGGGCGUGUGUGUGACCGUCACGUGGGUGUGUAUAGGUAAUUCGGUGCGGUUGAAAUGGAUCGCCAAUGCGACCACCUCGGCUUUGAAGGAGCACUACAACAGGCCUUAUAGUGUGAAGAGGAUGCUGCAGAUAAUGCGCGAGGCGGCGUGCGAUUUCUUCCCAGACUUCGAUGGAUACAGCCACGUAGAGGGCAGCUGCCCCAAGGAAUGGGUCUCCGAAAGGCACAACUACCAUGCCAUGGCAUUCCUCUCCAGGGCUUAUAAUUUUCAGUGGAGCAGGUGGAAUGCCGCAGCCGGAUAUCGAAAUAUAAUAAUGCAAAUACGGGAAGCCGUCGAUACCAAAAGAGAGGCAAAAUUCCAACUUCUAUACGUGACGCCUCAAAGAGCGACGAUUUUAAAGGCAAAUGAGAUGACACAAGAUUUUAACACUCAGCCGAUGGUUGGUCUCCCAUUCUACCCAGAUCUUUUCACACUCAACAUGUCGUAUGGCUCGGUGGACGCCAGGAGAACAACCUUCAACAUGAAAUACCGCCUCGUGGAGACCGUGUUUGAUAUGCUGCAGGAGUUAAAGCUGUCCAGCUUCUGUUAAAUAAACAUCACCGAAAUU